UGAAUUAUGAAAAAAAACAAAACGCAAUGUAGCGGACGGACGUCGUUUCGACUUUUCUAUUCCGUCAUGCAAUAAUUUUUUGUCAUUCAUGAGUUCGUCGAUAAAAAGUAUUUUAAAUGGUGAAUCUUAUGUGAAUGUUAGUUGAAAUAUAGUUAAAUGAUGUGUUAAUAUAUCGUUUCGGGUAGUUCAUGUUCGUAGUUCGAUAGGUGUGUGACAAGUUCGGUAAUGGUGGCCAUGUCAUGAAAAUCCCAACAGCCAUGGAUGAUAGCUCCGUGUCUCAUCACAACGGAGGGCAAGUGGGAUCUCAGAUUGGAGUCAGUGUAAAUAACAAACAAAAUGAUGAACCUAGCCAAAGUAUCCAGUAUUCAAUACCGGGAAUAUUACAUUUUAUACAACAUGAAUGGGCGAGAUUCGAGUUGGAGAGAUCACAAUGGGAGGUGGACAGAGCCGAAUUUAAGGCACAGAUCGCCUUCCUCCAAGGUGAGAGGAAGGGUCAAGAGAAUCUAAAGAAUGACCUUGUAAGGCGUAUCAAGAUGCUUGAGUAUGCGUUGAAGCAAGAAAGGGCGAAGUUCCAUAAGCUCAAGUAUGGGGUAGAUCUUCAACAAGGCGAUGUGCGUCCGCCGCCUGAGGAGCCGCCAGCAGACCCGGAGCCGGUGGAGCGGGCGCCGUGGAAGAAUGGGCGCCAGGUCCUCAAACAGUACUUGCAGGAAAUAGGAUGUACAGAUACAAUACUGGAAUUGCGCUCAAAUCGACUGCGGACACUGUUGGGGCAGAAUGAAGAACGUGGAGAAGAUCCCAACUACAGAAACUAUGACAAGCAGCGUGAACGAUAUGAGAUAUGCAGUAAUCAUGCUAUGAAUGCCAAUAUGGCUAUGGCUCGUAAAUAUGAUUAUGGAGGCAAAGACCCUCGCAAGAGUGGCAUGUCCACCGGCUACAAUGAGGAAGGUCUUUCUGCGCAAGAGACAACGGCCGUGUUCGCUAAUUUUGAGUUCUUGGCCAGCCAGGAGAUGGACAUGGAUGACAUUGAUGAUCUUGAUGCUAAGCAACCUCACCAUCCUACGGGGAAACAAGGCGAAGAGGUAGAUCUGGAAGCAGAGGAGGUGCUGAAUGAGCUGAAUCUGCUCACUGAGAGCGAGGCUGACGGCGGUGGACAAGGUGAUGAAUAUCCUGUUGGGAAAUUCUCCGGGCCGAGCGCGGCCGCUCCCGCCGCGGCGGCGACGGCGUCCACGGCCGCCAGCGGCGCCGGCGAGGCGGACGAGGAGCCCCUGGCGCUGGGGGAGCUCGCGCAGCUCACCGUCAGCAAUGAGCCCGAGGCUUACGACGUGGCCAGCGCCAAUAAGGAGUCCUUCCGCAAGACGUGGAACGCGAAGUACACGCUACGCUCGCACUUUGAUGGAGUGCGAGCUCUCGCCUUCCACCCCACCGAGGCAGCCCUAGUGACUGCUUCCGAAGACCACACCCUCAAACUGUGGAACUUGCAACGUACGGUGCCGGCGAAGAAAUCGGCCGGCCUCGAUGUAGAACCGCUAUACACGUUCCGCGCCCAUACUGCGCCUGUUCUGUGCUUGGCGAUGGGAGCUCCGAGAUCCGAGGAAUGUUUCUCAGGAGGACUCGAUUCCACUAUUCGCGUUUGGAAUUUGCCCCCGCCGACAGCGGAUCCUUAUGAUCCGUACGAUCCUGCUGUUCAGGGUCCUGUUCUGCGUGACCAUACAGAUGCAGUAUGGUCUUUAUCGACGGCGCACGGGCGACUGCUGUCUUCAUCAGCGGACGGUACCGCAAGGCUUUGGGCUCCACGAGCGGCAAGGCCCUUACUGGCUACCCUGAGAGAUCCUAGUCUGCAGAUCAGCAACGUUCCCGCCGCUGCUGAUUUCGCAGACGCUGGGGCUAGAGCCGCAGUUGUUUAUAGAGACGGCGCGCUGCUCAUCUAUGAUCUCGAGACCGGACAGACGGUGAUGCGCGUGGCGUGCGAGAGCCCGGCGGCGCGCGUGCGCGCGCACCCCGCGCUGCCGCUGCUGGUGACGGCGCACGAGGACCGCCACAUCCGCUUCUGGGACGGCGUGGCGGGCCGCUGCGCGCACGCCAUGGUGGCGCACCUGGACGCCGUCACCGGGCUGGCGCUCGACCCCAACGGCCUGUUCCUGCUGUCCAGCUCGCACGACUGCUCCGUGCGCCUCUGGAACCUCGACACCAAGACCUGCGUGCAGGAGAUCACCGCCCACCGCAAGAAGUUCGACGAGAGCAUCCUCGACGUCGCCUUCCACCCGCUGCGGCCCUACAUCGCCAGCGCCGGCGCCGACGGACUCGCCAAAGUCUUCGUCUGAAUCUAACUUAUAUUAUAUUAAAUAAAUGUAAUUUCACUUUCGAUACGAACUCUGUAUUGCUCGGGACGCACGAGGGUAGUUUUCUCGGACGGCGCUCGACCGUAUCUACCUAUCGUAUCCCGCCGUCUUAGAUGUGGUUCGUUAGCGAUGUUGGCGUAGAUAAACAGACGUGGUAGAUAUAGGUCGAUGUUCAAAAUCACUAUUGUACAGUGCGAAAUAGGAAUGUGGUCGGUGGCAAUAUCGAUUUUGACAACUUGGCUAAUUCUACAACCAAUCACAAUCAUUCGUUUUAUACGUAAUUAACUUAGUUCUUGUAAAAUCAGUGCUUUUUUCUUUUUGUUAUCAUAUUACAUGAAUCACAUUACAUGAUUGACUUGAUAGCGGCUUUCGCAUCGUGUAACGUUUCAAUGAAACUUGCACUUAGACGAAAUUAUAAUCAAAAUGUAAGUGACAGAAUAAUGUGAUGAUUAAUGAACAAAAUAUGUUUAUAUAUAUUUGUAACUGUGGUGAACUAUGUUCGUGCGUACUGCGCAUGGUAGGAGCGGCGCCUGUCUAGUCCCUGUUCGGUUCCGAGUAGCGACGUACGAUCGACUGCGCGCACGCAGUGAUCGUUUACUUAUCGUAUUUAAAUAUUGUAACGUACGCGCCCGACGCUCGUUAUAAGCGCGUAGUGAAACUCAUCUAUGUAUAGACAUUUGAAAUCUAUUAUAAUAUAUUUUUAGACUUUCAGUAUGUGGAUUUUAGGUUUUUAUCGCGAAUUUUUCACCGAUUUUACGAUAUGCAGUGAGAAUAUUAUUCGUUUCUAUGCAUCUGUAAGUGAGACCUUGUAAUAAAUAUCAUGUGGAUACCGACUACAUAUGUUUCCUUGAUACGUCUUUGUUUUACUCAUCUGUACAGUUAGAUGUUACGCAGUAUUUUAUAAUCUCUUGCAGAGGACGAAUGGUGUUUCUUUAGCUAGUAUAUAUUAUUUAAAUCGAUUGGAUUACUAUAGAUAAUAUUCUUACUUUUUGUUUUGUGACAAUGUAUGCGUAUGCUCUCAUAAUAUCAUAUGCAGAUGGGCAAUCGAACAAAAUAUGAUUGAGUAGAUGUAUAUCGAAAGUAAGUAAUGUUUGUUCAUAAUGAGUACUGCGAUGUAGAAUAUAUAUAAAAACAUUACAAUAUACUUACCUUUAUUUUCCUCGAAUUCAUACUUGUACACAUACAUCAAAAUUGAUAGUAAAAAGCAACAUAACCGAAUCA